AUGGCAUUAACUACGGAAUUCGAUGUGGAUUCUAUAAUCGACAAACUGUUGGAAGUCCGUGGAGCGCGGCCCGGAAAAGAGGUUAAUCUUCCCGAAGAGCAGAUAAAGCAGCUGAUAACAAAGGCGACUGAUAUUUUCAUGAGUCAACCUGUAUUGUUGAACCUCCAGGCUCCGAUCAAGGUUUGUGGCGAUAUUCACGGUCAAUACUAUGAUUUGCUCCGUUUAUUUGAAUAUGGUGGUUUUCCUCCGGAAGCCAACUACUUGUUUUUAGGUGAUUACGUAGAUCGAGGGAAACAAAGUAUAGAAACCAUCUGCUUAUUGCUCGCAUAUAAAAUCAAAUACCCGAAGAACUUUUUCAUUUUACGAGGCAACCAUGAAACCGACUACAUCAACCGCAUCUACGGUUUUUAUGACGAAUGCAAGCGCCGCUACAACAUCCGGUUGUGGAAGCUGUUUUCUGACUGCUUCAAGUGCCUUCCUGUCUGCGCCAUAAUCGAAGGCCGCAUCAUCUGCAUGCACGGCGGUCUCUCCCCCGAAUUGAGCUCGAUCGACCUGAUUAAAAGCAUCCAGCGUCCUUGCGACGUCCCGGACAAGGGUCUCCUGUGCGAUCUGCUUUGGUCGGAUCCGGAGCGCGAAUUGCUGAGCGGUUGGGGCAUGAAUGACCGCGGCGUGAGCUACACGUUCGCGGAGGACGUCGUUCACAACUUCCUACGUCAACAUGAUCUGGACCUUGUGUGUCGCGCGCAUCAAGUCGUGGAGGACGGGUACGAAUUCUUCGCGGAUCGAAAUCUGGUGACGGUGUUUUCGGCGCCGAACUAUUGCGGAGAGUUCGAUAACGCGGGAGGGAUGAUGAGUGUGGACGAAGACUUGAUGUGUUCCUUCCAGAUCUUACGGCCUGCGAAUCGACAGCAGAAGUAUUCUACGGGUAUGAAUCCGAGGGUAAUGUGA